CAGGCGUUCCCCAACAAAUCGGAACCUUCGUGCCCUCCCGACGCAGGAAUUGAUUGGUCACUUUUCAGAACUUGCCUGUCAAUUUUGAAAGCUGGGUAAAGGGCAUUUCCUUAGAAGCGCAAGAACACGCCUCCGCUCUCCCAGCUCGGGGAGGAGGGCCUUAAAGGGCCAGGUACAUGACGCCUCCCCGUCACUGGGCCCUGGAGAAAUCGACGCGAAGGUGCUAGAAAAGACUUGAAAGACCCCGGUGAAGAUGGAACAGCAAAAGGAAGGGGCUGGGCCAGAGGGGAACAACCUGCCGUCCCUGGGGACUGAGUCGCAGCCGCCUGCACCUUUCCCAGCCCUGUUCCCUUCUCUCCUGGGCACCCCAGAUCCAGCCCACCUGGGGCUCCCCGAGACCCUGGCCUCUGUCACUGUGCCCGUCCGUCUGGAUGCCCUCUCCUACCUCCUGCACAGCGCCCUGAUGGGAGCCUACACGCUUCAGCAGUCCUUGCCCUCCUGCCCCUGCGCCCCCAAUGCGUGCUGCACCCAGCCGGGCACCGCCAAGAGGCCGCCCAGGGGACGCGGGGGCUGGGAUGUCCGACGCAGGCCGGGCCGGGGUCAGGGCCAGCGGCAGUGGGGACUUGGGAGGGCUGAGCAGGCAGAGAGGGGCUGGGUGGGGAGCCCUGGGGCUGGCCCCAGGACCCCCCCGGUGACGCUGCCAUCACCAACACCACCCGCCCAGGAUGGGAAGAAGGACACCCAGGGUCCGGAGCCGCCCCUGGAGACGCCGCCUGCUGAGGACUGGGAGGCCGAGUACUAGGGCCCCGAGGACCCUGCACCCUGGACUCCGGAGGGCGCCCUGGAGGGUCACCAGGAGGGUGUUCCUGGAGCCCAGGGUGGCCUCAGCCCUGCCAGAGACACCCAAGAAACAUCCUGCUCCCAUCCCUCUUCCUCCCAAACCACAGCCUCAGCAGGGGGUCCCGCGAGUCGCCUGGUGAAACCCAGACCUGACAUAGGAUCCCAAGCCAGGGAGACAGCCCCGAACCUCAAGCCCAAACCCAAGCCUCUUCCCAUUCCUGACACUGUGCCCAACUACAGCGACAACGCUCACCUCACUCUCGACGCCCAGGGCUCCUCCAGCCAUGCCAGCCAGGCCCAUCCCUGACCCCAAAGCCAUUCCCACCUGCCUCUGCCAGCCCCAUCCCAUGGCCGCACUGAGGCCCACAUCCCCCAGCCGUUCACCCCCAUUCCAUUCUCCGUCUCUGCCCUGACCCAUCCUCAUUCCCAGCUCCCUCAUCCCCAUCCCCAUCUGCCUAAAGGCCAGCCAACCCUCAUCCUUGAUUUCUCCUGCCUCCAGCCCAUCUUCAACCCCGGCCAGCCCCGCCUCGUCUUCAACCUCCUUUCUGUCCCAGCCCCAAAGGUGACAUGCCCUGUGACCCCACUUGCGAAGAACCCCAUUGGCCCAACAUACCCAGACCCCUGCAGCCCCACCCCAUUUCCUGCCUGUGGGGGAGGGGGGCCGGGUUGAACAAUAAAUGGCUGAGUG